GGUGAGCUGUCAGUAGAUGAUUUACAAGACCCUUUCCUUGUCAGUAUCCAUAUUAUUACAGACCCCGGGGAAUCAAAAUGUCUGCAGGAUGCCAUUGAUAAACUCUUGGCGUGGAUCCACCCUGAUUUGCAGUUGUUCCGUGUUUCAGAAAGAAGGAUUUCCAAGAAGAGGAAGCUGAAUAAGGGCUUCACAUGCCAGCCUGCCCUUGCUGUGAUAUUAUUUUUACAAGAGGAAUAUGGAGAAGAGCAAAUCUUGCAUCUUCAUGAUUGCUUUCAAAAACCACCCUGGCAGUUCCAUCACACAGAGCGAGUCCAUGGCAGAUUUUUACCUUACAUGCCAUGCAACCAAGACUUUUUCACUCUGGCAUGCGGCACCCCACUAUGGGCCAUAAGACAGGUGCAUUAUGGGAAAGAGAUCAUCCGCUUCACCAUCUACUGCAGCUAUGAGAAUUUUGCAGACAUGAUGAAAAUGUAUGAGCUCAUCCUGAAAAAGUCUGUGUGGAAGAAGAAAGCAGAUUUUUGUGUAUUUCCCAUCUACUCCAAUAUGGACAUUGAUAUUGAAUUUUCCCUAAAAAGACUUCUCAAAGGACAAACUCCAGUGCCUUUAGAGUCUUCAUUGUUGGAGUUCAGAGUAAAAGACUUUGGGCAAUUAAUUCCUCUCUUGCCCAACCAGUGCAGCCCAAUCAGUGAAGGCAGAUGGCAAACUGAAGAUCACGAUGGCAACAAAAUACUUUUACAGCAGGUUCACCGUUUAACCAGGAAAUCCGUGUGGAAGCAUCAAAACUACUUAUCCAGAAAUGGUAACGGGAUGCCAUUCAAUGUGAUUCCUUCCUAUCAAAAACAGAAAUAUGAGAAAACUCAACUAAGCAAUGGCAUCAAUGGCUUGAACCAAGACUUCAGUAAAACCCACGAUGGGCCACCUUGUUUUGAAAGUAGCAGCAGCACAGCGCAAUGGUUCCAGCGCAGCAAGUCACUGUUGUGUCUACCAACACUGACCUCAUUCCCCUCAUGUGAAUCCUUUCCCUUCAGUGAGCCCUCUCAGUUUUACAGGAAUGAGACCCAAACAUUUCAGAUGCCGGUGUGGCGAAGCAGCCCGCGGAUCAACAUUGACGACCUGGAAGGGGCUCAAGAAACAGAUGUAGAUACAGGAAUGAAGCUUUCCAGCUCAGACCUGUCUGUCUUGUCGGCCUAUUCACCUCUGGAUGGCUUAUCCAGUGACUUAGAACCUUCUCUACCUUCACAUGGAGAGGAUGGACCAGAAGCAAGACAUAAGCUCUGUGAGCUUUCAUAUGAAUCUUUUCACUCUGUUUCUGAAAAGUCUUCCAGUUCUUUGAUAUCUUCAGUUUUCCCUAGUAUCUCCAGCUCUACUUCCCUGACAGAGUUCAAGAAAGACAAUGGCAGCCAUUGCCGGAAUGAUGUGGAGAACAGCAACCACAGGACAGAGACUGCCGCAACAGAGGAGGAAGAGUUUUAUAUCUGA